AUGGGCGAUUUCAGAUACAGCCAUGGCCUGAUGAAGGUGAAAGAGGAAAGACAAGAUCUGAAUGAAGUGGAGAAACAUCGGGAUCAAAAAGAUCAUAAUGUCAAUGAAGAAAAAUCUGUGAGUUGCAGCAUUCAAAUAACAGAAGUCAAAAGUCCUUUCAUCUGCUCUCAGUGUGGAAACACUUACAAACAUAAAGGAAGCCUUAUGAAACACAUGAGAAUCCAUAGUGGGGAAAAGCCUUUCAGCUGCUCUCAGUGUGGAAAGAGUUUCAAACAUAAAGGAAUCCUUAAGAAUCACAUGAGAAUCCAUAGUGGGGAAAAGCCUUUCAGCUGCUCUCAGUGUGGAAAGAGUUUUACACAGAAAGCACACCUUAAGGAUCAUUUGGAUCAUUUGGUUAGUCAUACUUCAGAAAAGUCUUUCAGCUGCUCUCAGUGUGAAAAGUCUUUCAAACAUAAAGGAAGCCUUAUGAAACACAUGAGAAUCCAUAGUGGGGAAGAGCCUUUCAGCUGCUCUCAGUGUGGAAAGAGUUUCAAACAUAAAGGAAGCCUUAUGAAUCACAUGAGAAUCCAUAGUGGGGAAAAGCCUUUCAGCUGUUUUCAGUGUGGAAAGAGUUUCACGUGUAAUGAAAACCUUAAGAAUCACAUGUUAAUUCAUGCUGGAAUAAAGUCUUUUACCUGCUCUCAGUGUGGAAACACUUUCCCAUGUAAAACAAACCUUAAGAAGCACAUGUUAAUUCAUACUGGGAUAAAGCCUUUCAGCUGCUCUCAGUGUGGAAAGAGUUUUACACAGAAAGGACACCUUAAGGAUCAUUUGGUAACUCACUCUUCAGAAAAGCCUUUCAUCUGCUCUCAGUGUGGAAAGUCUUUCAAACAUAAAGGAAGCCUUAUGAAUCACAUGAGAAUCCAUAGUGGGGAAAAGCCGUUCAGCUGCUCUCAGUGUGGAAACACUUUCACGUGUAAGGAAAACCUUAAGAAUCACAUGCUCAUUCAUGCUGGAAUGAAGCCUUUUACCUGCUCUCAGUGUGGAAAGAGUUUUACACAGAGAGGACACCUUAAGGAUCAUUUGGUAAGUCACACUUCAGAAAAGUCUAUCAGCUGCUCUCAGUGUGGAAAAACUUUCAAAUAUAAAGGAAGUCUUAGGAAACACAUGAUAAUCCAUAGUGGGGAAAAGCCUUUCAGCUGCUCUCAGUGUGGAAACACUUUCAUGUGUAGCGAAAACCUUAAGAAUCACAUGCUAAUUCAUGCUGGAAUAGUGUGGAAAGAGUUUCACAUGUAAAGGAUACCUUGAGACUCACUAAGUCAUGCUGGUUAAAGCCUUUCAGCUGCUCUCAGUGUGGGAAAAGUUUUAAACAGAAAGGACACUUUAAGGAUCAUUUGGUAACACUCUUCAGAAAAGCCUUUCAGCUGCUCUCAGUGUGGAAAGUGUUUCACCUGUACAAGAGGAUUUAAUCAUCACAUGAGAAUUCACACUACAGAGAUGCCUUACCAGACAAUUUAUACAAAUUAAAAGCCUCACAUCUCCUGUUUGUGGAAGGAGAUUUCGGUAACUUAAUUUUAAUGUGUACAUUGGUCCCACAUGAUCAGAAUGUGGACAACUGGCAUAAUUGUCCUCUUUUUCUCAAUGAAUUAUUGCUUGCCAAACCAAAAUAUUUAAUUCACAUUAGACUACUUAAAUCAUGUUGAUUCAAGAUAUUUGUCAUUACUGUAACACAAAUGUAUUAAAGGGAUUUCAUCAUGUCAAGAGCACCAGAUUUUCAGCUGUAACUCCAACUUGAUUUCUUAAUGCUAAUAUUAAUCAAAGGUAUUAUGCAACUCUAAAGCAAUUUCAUUGUCUCUGGUACCAGAGUUGUGUGAACCGAACUUGCUUUAAGUAAACGCCCUCCAAAUGAACUGUAAACAUGUUCAAAUAUGUGUGUGUGAAUAAAAUCAUAAUUUUAAAAAUACAUGUUGACAUUGACAAUAAAGGCAAAA